AUGCCCCUGUCCCUCAGCAAGGCUGGGCAGACACCAUGCAGCACCAGGGUGUGCAGGAACCUCUUUGGCCCUGUGGACCACCAGCAGCUCCAGAAUGACUUGGAGGUCAUGUUGAGGCAAAAUCUGGAAGAAGCAAAGCAGCGCUGGAACUUCGACUUUGAGACAGAGACUCCCUUGGAAGGACCAUUCACCUGGGAGUGCAUCUACCUGUCUGAGAAGCCCCAGGAGGUCCACAGCCUGGUCACUGGCAGUGACAGCAGGAGCAGCUUGAUCCACAAGGAUCGUGUUGGCAGGAUUUGCCCCAAGGAGUCUCAGCAGAGCUCUGAUGUUUACAGGGCUCAUCCCCUGCGGAGCCAGAAACGUGGGCAGACCACCAUGAAAGACUACUACAACACCAAGCGGAGAAUCGUCCCUGACAAGCCCAAGCCGUGA